AUGUCGCUGAACUCUGUCCACAGGUUUUGGUCAAGACUGUAGACUGUGACGUUGUUAUUGUUGUUUUGCACUCGGAGCUUUCCACAGGAUCCACAGCCUCAAAAAACUAUAGCUUGAGUUUGGAGUAAGGAACGUUCCAAUCCGCAAAAUUGCAGCAUCCUUAGGACCUCAAAUCUCCAUCGCUUAACCGCGUUCCUGUUUUUCUACGCAUUAAGUGGCUGAUACCACAUCAUCGUUGAAAGGUAAAGGCAAUAAAUCAUUCAGUGUUGCAAAAAAUCAUUCAGAGGAGCAACGUCGGAAGAUAAUAUAUGUAAAGCAGACAGUGAUCUUUUGAAACAAUUUGUUGCAGCUCUUUAUUGCAGCACAUUUGAUGGCGACAAGGUCAACGAUGCAAGGCGAUACUUUUUCAUAAGCAAGGGAAAGACCAUUGACAAUAUAUUCCCAACUGCCAACAACUGGUGCAUUGGACGAACACGUAAAAACGAUCUGCGUUACAAGCACGAAAGUGAUACAAUUGUUUAUGAAGCCGCAAGAGUAGCGCUGGAACCCACAUAUUGGGGAUGA